CUUUGUUGAAAAAAGUAGCAUUUGGCCCCUCCCCCUCCACAUUUUCACAAAACUGUGUUAAACGGAUUCGUCACACCGCAACGAUCUUCGUGUGAAAUUCAAUUUUUAGAAGAAUUUACCAACAUAUCGGCAUGUAAGGCUGUAAACUGAUUAAGUGUGCGACUGCAGACUUCGGAAAUUCGGCCUUCUGAGGCAAAAUGAUUGAGCAGCUGCGGCGACCGCGAAAUGCCGCCGUGCUCGCACUCGUGUUGGGAGUUGUCUUCAACUACCUGCUGAACUCUCUUUUCAUCUUUAUCUACCUUUUCCUGCUCGCCGCGAGCUUCGGCUUGACGGUGUGCAUGAAAAGGUUCGGCAUCGCCAGGGAGCAGAUUUUCGACCUGCUGCACCUGCCGGCCAACUGCCGCGAAUUCAUCAACGGCCUUCUGCCUGCCCGAGAUGAGACCCGCCACUUCGGUAAGAAGUUGCAUCGAGAGAUCCCCGAGAGCUUCAGGUUUGUCGGAGCCGACUUAUUCCACGAGAAUAAAGACGAGGAGGAACCGCGAAGGGUGGAACAGCAACAACUGUCACCGGCCUCCACCAGGCAACGGACGCGGAUUGUCCGCACAGUCCAGUCAUCGCCAGGUCCAGCCUUGUCGUCUACCAGAUUCAGGAGCAAUCUCGACUUUAGUCUGAAUGCUGAAGUGAAUAGCCCUGGCUUUGCAAAUCGCAUUGUCAGCUACCACCACCAGGAAAGCCCCUCUCAGGACAAUCCGAGCUCACCAAGACCGCAGAUUGGGGAGUUCCAAAAUAUAAAAUUAAACCAGGAGGCCACACCAGUCAGGCGGGUCAAUUUGUCAUCGCAAGUGGGACUUCCUCUAAUUAUUACUUCUCCCAUGGCACCACCCAACAUCUACAACCAGUGUUUGCCACCUGAAGAUAAGCCAAGCUCAAUGGAGCCUGCUCCGUCAGUUUUGGAAGCGCUGAAAGAGAUUUCCAGGAAGAGAAUCUCCAGUGAGGACAACAGACCACAGGCUGGAAUGAAGCGGUACAAAAAUGAUCUUAUUAACGCUGCGGCAGAAUUCCCAGCCAUCAUAAAAGAAACAGUUUCGUCUCCUUCGAGAGUGAUUAGCAAGAGGUCUAGAGAAGUUGUUGACGUUUCUCCAGAGACAAAUCAGCCCACAAAGCAGGCAAAAUUCUCAAAGUGCAACGAGAUUGAAGCAUCACUGAGCUCUACCAAAAUGUACCAAAAGCAGAGAGCUGAAGCUAAGAAAAAGCGAGCAGCUGAAACAACUCUGCAAGAGCCAGAAACAAAGACGGUUAGAACUGAAGAACCAGUGGUUCAGAAAACUCCAGAGGUGGUUAUUGUCCACGAAGAGCGCAGAGCUCCACUGUCUCUUUUUGGAACGCAGUCCCCACAAAAAGCUUCACCUGUCAAGCCAGCCAAGAGGAAAGCGGCAUUGGAAGAAAUUUACUCGCCCAUUAGAUUGGAGGAUAAACCUAAGACGUCCAAGCAGUUGUCCCUCAAAGAGCUCAGGGAGAAAAAGCUUCAGAGUCUUCUGGUCGAGUUGGAAGACGCUAAGGAGCAACCAGAUAUUGUGGAGGUGAGCAAACCAGAGGAGACGAGCACCCCUGCAUUCCUGAGCAGCCCAGUGGCCAUCAUGACCUCUGACACAACUGUAACCACAUCAAUUCAAGGCCCUGUUGUCUCUUCCACUUCGCCAACAAUCACCCAGGACGCUUCCUCCAUCUUUGCAACACCCAAGGCAACUGUGACUCCCUUGGUGCCGUCAACUCAAACAACAAAUCUGCCCACAAUGAGUGCCCCGUCAUUUUCGUUUGGAUCAACUUCGAGCACCACAGCCAGCCCGGCCGUCGCCACAUUUGGUGUGACCGUACCUCCAAAAUCAGACACCCCCACCACCAUUUCUGCCGCCACUUCAUCCUUUGCAUUUGGAGGUCAAACUGCUCAGCCUGCUGCAACCACCACAGCUGCAAGUUCCACAGCUCUGGCAACACCUUCCUUCAAUUUUGGAAGCUCUCAGAGUUCUGCAACUCCACCCAACCCAACAGCCUUGACGUUUGGCAAGAGUGUCAGCACCCCAGCUACAACCAUAGCUGCGAAGCCUUCCUUCACCAUUGUUUCGAAUGCCUCACCUCUUGCUCUCGGCAAGCAAACAACUCCUGCUGCGUCUUUCAACUUCGGGUCAGUUGCAGCCAACACCGCAAAAUCCACCACAACUGCCACUGGUUUCAGUUUUGGCAACACCACCAAUGCAUCUGCAGCCCCAUCUCCUUUUGGAGCGACCGUAACUUCGGCAUUUGCUCCUGUGACAACAACAAGCACUACUCCGAGCUUUGGAACCCCAACAACCUGCACCACUUCCAUCUUUGGCACAGGCACUGGCCCAACAUUUGCCAGUGGCCAAUCUCUGACCUUUGGCACGAGCACAGCCACAACCUUUGGCACACCCACUUCAAAACCCCCACCUCCAUUUGGGUCUCAGACCUUGUUUGGCAGCACUGCGACUACCUCUACUCCUUUCGGAGCCACGUCAGUCCCCUCAGCUGUGGAAACGCCUUCCUUUGGAGUGGCAAAGACAACCGCAUCCUUUGGAAGUGGAACCUCAACCUUUGGCACCUCUGGCACUACCAGUGGAAAUACCGCACCUCCUCCAGCCUACAAUGCUUUUGGCACGGAAAAGUCGGCUGGCCUCAACUUCAAUUUCAGCAGCACCACGUCAGCAACCCCUGCUGCCAAUUUUGGCACCGCAACUACCACUCCAGCCUUUGGAAAUCCAACAGAACAGGCCAAGACGGCUUCCUCCGGCUUUGGGAACUUCAGCGCCAACCCCACAACAACAACAACCCCCUUUGGAGUUACAAAUUCGUCCGCGGCGCCCUCGCCCUUUGGCUUCAACACGGGUGCCGCGACCACUACCAAUCAGCCCAUGUUCAACAGCCCCUUCAAGGCGGCCACCACUUCGGCCUCUUCUCUUUUCGGCACUUCUUCUUUCAGCAAGGCCGAGCUGGCCCCUCUGCCGACCAACUUCAAAUUCGGAGACAAGACUGACACCUCCCCAAAAGUGGCGGCCAACAUUUUUGGCGUCCCCUCUGUGCAGAAUCCCUUCGGCGGCGCCAGCAGUGGUGGUAGCGGAAGUGGAUUUGGUUUCAACCAGGCGGCCGCCAACCCUGGCCAGCAGUCCCAGACGGGCUUCAACUUUUCGGCCGCUGCUGCCCCACAACAGCAGGGAGCUUUUGGGUUCGGUGCCCCCUCUAAUCAGCCCCAACAACAACAGCAGCAGCAGUUUGGGUUUGCGGCCAGUCAGCCUCAACAGUUCCAAGCUACCCAGCAGACUGGCACAGGAGGGUUCAGCAUCGGCACGAGCAGUGCUCGUCGGCAGCUGCAGGCGCGCCGGAGAAGAUGAAAAAUGAACUAGAACAAACUCCAAGAAGUGCCACUUACGUUCGACUAUCAUUUGUGUACAAAGUGCUUCGCAAAGAUAAAAGCCUUAUUUUCUUUUCACGUCGUGGUUUUAACCCUUCAGAACUAAUAAAAACCCUGUAUUAUAAAUUAUACUUUUCACGAAAUAAAAACUUUAAUUUCUUGGAAUUUUUUGUAAAA